AACGAAGCUUCGUGGCGCUUCGACCAGAGAGUUGAGAAGCUACGCUCAUUGCGUCACCGCACAGGACACCUGCGGCAACCCCACCAUGACCUUCCGCGAUCUCCUGCUCCCCUAAACUUCUCCCGUCCCCUCUUGUCGCUUCAAUCCAUUUCUCCCUUCUCUUUCGUUCCUCAUCCUCGCAAAAAAGCAAUCAUGAGCGCUAAGACUGUUUCCCUCAAGCCCUUCCAAGACCAGAAGCCUGGAACUUCUGGUCUUCGUAAGAAGGUCAAGGUCUUCCAGCAGGAGCACUACUCCGAGGCCUUCGUUGCCUCCAUCCUCCUCUCCAUCCCCGAGGGCGCCGAGGGCAGCACCCUCGUUAUCGGUGGUGAUGGCAGAUACUACAACCCGGAGGUUACGCAGCUGAUCGCUAAGAUCGGUGCGGCAUACGGCGUCAAGAAGCUCAUCAUUGGCCAGAACGGCAUUCUCAGCACCCCCGCUGCCAGCAAUGUCAUCAGGAUACGCAAGGCCACUGGCGGUAUCCUUCUGACGGCUUCCCACAACCCUGGUGGACCCGAGGAGGACUUCGGUAUCAAGUACAACCUUGCCAACGGUGCCCCUGCGCCCGAGGGCGUCACCAACAAGAUGUUCGAGACCUCCAAGGCCCUCACCUCCUACAAGAUCUCGGACAUUCCCGAUGUCGACCUGGCCACGAUUGGUUCCAAGACCUACGGCCCUCUUGAGGUUGAGAUCAUCCACUCGACCCAGGACUACGUUACCAUGCUGAAGGAGAUCUUCGACUUUGACCUGAUCAAGUCGUUCCUCAAGGAGCACUCCGACUUCAAGAUUCUGUUUGAUGGUCUCAGCGGUGUCACCGGCUCUUACGCCGUGGACAUUUUUGAGAAGGAGCUCGGCCAGAAGGGCAGCACCCAGAACUGCGUGCCCAAGCCCGACUUUGGUGGCCACCACCCCGACCCCAACCUUGUCUACGCCAAGAGCCUUGUUGAUGUUGUCGACAAGAACGGUAUCCACUUCGGUGCUGCCUCCGACGGUGAUGGUGACCGUAACAUGAUCUACGGUGCCAACAGCUUCGUCUCCCCUGGUGACAGCUUGGCCAUCAUCGCUCACCACGCUGACCUGAUCCCCUACUUCAAGAAGCAGGGCAUCUACGGUCUCGCCCGUUCCAUGCCCACUUCCGGUGCCAUCGACCUUGUCGCCAAGGCCAAGGGUGUUCAGUCCUACGAGGUGCCCACCGGCUGGAAGUUCUUCUGCGGUCUCUUCGAUGCCAACAAGAUGAACAUCUGCGGUGAGGAGUCUUUCGGUACUGGCUCCAACCACAUCCGUGAGAAGGACGGUCUCUGGGCCAUUGUUGCCUGGUUGAACAUCAUCGCCGGCGUCGGCCAGAAGACUGGCACCACUCCCAGCAUCAAGUCCAUCCAGGAGGACUUCUGGAAGACGUACGGCCGCACCUUCUUCACCCGUUACGACUACGAGGGUUGCGAGACCGAGGGCGCCAACAAGAUGACGGCGCACAUGCAGGAACUCAUCACCACCAAGAAGUCCGAGUUUGUCGGCUCGACCAUCAAGGGCCGCAAGGUCGUUGAGGCCGACGACUUCUCGUACACGGAUCUGGACGGCAGCGUCAGCAAGAACCAGGGUAUCUACGUCAAGUUCGACGACGGCAGCCGCAUUGUGGUUCGUCUGUCCGGUACCGGCAGCAGCGGCGCCACGAUCCGUCUGUACGUCGAGAAGCACGAGUCGGACGCCAGCAAGUACACGAUGGACACGCAGGAGUACCUCAAGGACAACGUCGACCUGGCGACGGGUCUGCUCAAGCUGCAGGAGUUCACGGGCCGCAGCAAGCCUACGGUCAAGACCUAAGCGCGUCGCGGGCGGAGGAGAUUUGACGAGUGAUGAAGGAUUAUAUACUACACAUGGCUUUACUAGUGCAGCGCUAGGCAAGCAGGACAUGAUAAUAAAAAGUGAAUUGGCUGCUCCAGAAGUACAGGCGAGGCGACGGUGACUACUACUAAUGGUAAACCGAGAUUCACCGUGUAGCGAGACAGGCAAGGAGCGUUCUGUAGGGACUGCUUGUAUCAUUCUCUAACUCUUAGCCCAAGUCCCGGGUAUGUGUGAAAAGGUCUUAGAGCACAUAUAGAUUCUAUAUAUCUUAACCAGGUCUCU